UAAUUCUUUCUCUAUACAUAAAACUUUCACUCAUCAAUUAUCUUCUACCCAAUUUCUCUAUCGAGAAAUCGUUGAAACAAACAAACAUGGCUCAGAGGACGGAGAAAGAGGAGACGGAAUUCAAGGCCGUCCCCGAAACCACAACCCUGUGCGUCAACAACUGCGGCGUCACCGGCAAUCCGGCCACCAACAACAUGUGUCACAACUGCUUCACAGCCUCCUCCUCCUCCACCUCGAUCAUGACGCCUCCUUACAAAUUCUCCGCCAAGAGUCAUAGAUCGCGUUUACCGGAGACCUCCAAUACGGGACGGAACUCCACCUCUCAGGAUCGGGGAUUUCAGACACUGGCCAAGAGAGAGCUGAAUCGCUGCUCCGGCUGCCGGAGAAAGGUAGGGCUCACCGGAUUUCGGUGCCGGUGCGGCGAGCUUUUCUGCUCGGAGCACCGGUACUCGGAUCGCCACGAUUGUAGCUACGAUUACAAAGCAGCCGCCCGCGACGCUAUCGAAAGGGAGAAUCCCGUGGUUAAGGCUGCCAAGAUCAUCAGAGUUUGAAAACUACAGAUACUUACACAUAUUUAUAUGGAUGAAAUGAAAUUCCAAUGGAAAUUUAGAGAUCCAAGAGCCUCCGUCUCUUAUUUGAAUCUCUCAUGGAUGAUGAGCUCUCUAGAUAGAGAGGUGGUACAACACAAGACAGGAAGAGAGAUUUGUUGAGUCGUGAAGAUAAUUAAGAUGAUGAUGAUGAUGACGAUGAAAUUUUUGGUGUGUCGUUGAAUUGAAUCUAUAUCUUUGAUUGUCUCUCCUGUUUUGUUCUUCUUUAUUUUGAAUCACUCAGAGUUUAGUUGAUCAUUAUAUUUGCAUUUGGUUCUUCAA